AUGUGUCUCUCCUUCUGGCGCCGAAAGGCCCCGAGCGACGAAAAAGCUCAGAAGAAGCGGAGGACACUCACGAUGCCGUUGUGGUCCUCCUCCAACAAGACCUCCGCCAACACCCUCAAGAAGAUGGUCGGCCUCACCACCCUCCUGGCACCUACGCGCGACGGCUUCCACUUCCCACCCGUCACCCGACCGAUGCCCCUGAUUAACAUCAUAAACGUUGACGGCGCUACCGACCCGUCAUCCUCAUCAUCCGCCGCCUCGUACCCCAAGGAGGCCGCCCCGUCAUCCAACCCCGACGAGAUCCUGCUCAGCAUCGCUAUCCACAACCGCCUUAGGAAAAUCUUUGACGACCUACGCUCCCGCCGUUCUUCACUAUCCCGCGAACCUUUCGUGACCCGCGACCAGCUCCUCGUAUUCCUCGAAAACACCCAGGGCGAAAUCGAUGUCGAGGCUGUAUUGCCCGAGGAUAAGGAAAGAUACACCUAUGGCGAGUUCCUAGAGACGUGGUGGAGCCAUUAUGGUUGGGACGCUACGCGCGCAUUGAAGGAGGAAGACAAGGACUUGAGCCGGCCCAUCACAAACUAUUUCAUCAGUAGCAGUCACAACACAUAUUUGGAGGGCAACCAGCUUGCCUCCAAGAGUUCACCCGAGGCUUAUAAAACAGUCCUCCGCCGUGGAUGUCGAUGUAUCGAAAUCGACGUCUGGAACGGAGACACCCCCAUCACGACACAAGAGGGCAGUCGCUCUCCCAAACCCGACCACUCAAGGAAUCUCUCUGGCUCCUCCCUUCCCAACGUGGCCGCGAGCGUCAAGGAAACGGUAGAAGAUCUCCUGGUCGAUCGAAACACCAACAGCAACGGCCACAACAGAAACACCAGCAGUGCCAGCAAGUCACUCAACCCUCGCGAUAGUGCCACUCUGCUAGGACCGAGCGAGUCUACCGAGUCCCUCAGCAAAACCCUCCGCCCUUCAUCCCCAACUCCCUCUGUAAAGAACCGUCUGCCGUAUCCCAAAGAUGAACCCAUAGUCACUCACGGCUGGACCCUCACAACUCCCUGCGGCUUCAGAGAGGUUUGCAAGGCCGUCCGCGAAUCUGCUUUCGAGACGAAUGAACUACCCCUCAUCGUCAGUCUAGAGGUCCACGCCGAUAGGGAGCAGCAGGAGGUGAUGGUCAAAAUCAUGAAAGAGGAGUGGGAAGGCAUUUUGAUCGACAAGUCGUGGGAGGGCAUCGAUCCCCGUUUCCGUCUGCCCAAGCUCGAGGAGCUGAAGCGCAAGAUCCUCGUCAAGGUCAAGAAGGCGCCUAAUAAAAUUGAGGUCCCUCCCAGCACAACGGCCCUUUCGCAAAAGUUCGCCAACGAUGAGGACGCCUCGGGAUCCGACGACGAACGUAACAAGGAAGCAUCGAAACCUCCCGCCACGCCGAAAAUUGACGCACCGGUCAAGGUCCAGAGUGGAAACGAGCCGGCCAAGAGCACAAAGGUGGCCAUUUGCCAGGCACUCAGCAGUCUGGCCAUCUACACCCACAGCGAGCACUUUAAGAGUUUUGAGACGCCGGCGGCUAAGAAACCGAGUCACAUCUUUUCGAUAAGUGAAAACAGGAUUCUAGAGCUACACACCACAAAGGCCCGCGAGAUGUUCGCGCACAACAAAAACUUCUUCAUGCGGGCUUUCCCCAACGGCUCGCGCGUCGACAGCUCCAACCCGGACCCCAGUCUAUUCUGGCGCAAGGGCGUGCAGAUGGUCGCUCUCAACUGGCAGUAUCUCGACGAAGGAAUGAUGCUCAACGAAGGCAUGUUCGCGGACGAGCUGGGAUGGGUUCUCAAGCCCAUCGGGUACCGGAGCUCUGACAAGGACACGCUGACAGAGGUCGACGCCGCGCCGCAAGGCGACAUGGAGCUCACCGUUACCAUCAUCGCCGGCCAGCACAUCUUUGUCGAAGACGAUUCUGACAGCGACAGCAGCCGCGGCAAGCACCUCCGACCAUUUGUCAAGUGCGAACUUCACGUCGAGAUUGGGGCACAGAACGGAAAGGAUGCUGACGAGGACGACUUCAAGCUGAAGACGGGAUCAAAGAAGACUGACCACCCCGAGUGGGAGAACGGAGCGCGUCUCAAGUUCCCCAAGGUUUCGAGGGUAGUGGAGGAAUUGAGCUUCAUCAGGUAA